AUGCUGCCCUCGCAGGAGGCCUCCAAGCUCUAUCACGAGCACUACAUGCGGAAUUCGCGGGCCAUCGGCGUGCUAUGGGCCAUCUUCACCAUCUGCUUCGCCAUCAUCAACGUGGUGGUCUUCAUCCAGCCCUACUGGGUGGGCGACAGCGUGAGCACCCCCAAGCCUGGCUACUUCGGCCUCUUCCACUACUGUGUGGGCAGCGGGCUGGCGGGUCGCGAACUCACCUGCCGCGGCUCGUUCACCGACUUCAGCACCAUCCCGUCCGGCGCCUUCAAGGCAGCCGCCUUCUUCGUGCUGCUCUCCAUGGUGCUGAUCCUCGGCUGCAUUACCUGCUUUGCGCUUUUCUUCUUCUGCAACACGGCCACGGUCUACAAGAUCUGCGCCUGGAUGCAGCUCUUGGCAGCUCUGUGCCUCGUGCUGGGCUGCAUGAUCUUCCCCGACGGCUGGGACGCCGAGACGAUCCGGGACAUGUGCGGGGCCAAGACCGGGAAGUACUCCCUGGGGGACUGUUCGGUGCGCUGGGCGUACAUCCUGGCCAUCAUCGGCAUCCUCAACGCCCUCAUCCUCUCCUUCCUAGCCUUCGUGCUGGGCAACCGGCAAACAGACCUGCUGCAGGAAGAGCUCAAGCAGGACAACAAAGAUUUUGUGAGUUCUACAGUAAGCUCCGUGUUGCGGCCAGGGGGUGAUGUCUCCAGCUGGGGAGUCCUUCCCUGUCCUGUCGCUCACUCACAGGGACCCUGAAGGCCAGGAUCACAGCCCAGGAAUUGACCUGCCCUCUGCGUGUCCCAUCUCUUGGCCUCUCACCCUCCAUUCAAGCUAAGGAGGGAGGAUACCAAUCUCGGACUGACUUCUCACCUGCUACCCACCUGCCAGCUCCAGACUUUGAAGAGUUGUUGGGGCUGGGUGUGGCCUGGAGGAGGGGAGAGGCCCUGCAGACCAUAGCAAGGCCUGAAUGUUCCCCUCCCUCAACUGACCUAAGGGAGCUGGACAUCCCUUGGGGUCUCCUCCCCUCUCCCCAUCUGGCCUGGGGGCUCUGCAGUCUCCAGGGGAAGGAGGCGCUGUGAUUCCAGUGCCUCAGGCUCUCUCAGUCUGGGAGCUGCUGCCUGGCUGUAUCCUUGCCUCCUCUGGUCCCUCCUCCCACAGAAACUUACUCAAGACACUGCCCCAGGGCUACCAAACUCUUUCCUUCCCUUCCCUUCCCUUC